AUAAAUAAAAGCAAAGCCCCUUAUCCAAUUUUCCAAAACCCUGUCUCUCAGUCGCCCUCUCCGUCCUCACUUCCCACUCUGGAGCGGGUGACCCCAUAACCGAAAGCUCCGAACUUUAAUCCCCAACACCAAUUCAAACCUUCGUCUCUACAGAAACGAAUCGCUAGCCAGCAGUUGAACCAAGCUCUCCAACUCCAGUUUUCAAAAUUCGGAAUAUAAAGAUUUUGGUGAUAUUUAUGCUGCGUUGAAGUGAAAAAUGGCAUCUCUACCAGGAACUUGGCUGUAUCAAGAUAGGGGAAUGAUAGGCGUAGUCUCAGCACAGAGCCAUGCUUCUGGGAAGCCAUGUUUCAAUCACUUCAAGGCAUCAACUGUAAGUUCAUUUCCAGUUGGAUUAUUCCAAGUUAGAGUUGGCUCGAAUCUAUUGCCAAAGAGGGCACCUUUACUUCCUUGUAUAAAGUGUGAGAAGGAUGAUGAGUCCUCCAAAGAGGUCUCUAUUGAGCGUCCACCCUAUGAUAGUUAUAUGGACUCAACAUCUGGGCAGCUUGAACCUGCAUCUGGUGCUCGUGCCAGCAUUCCAGGGCAGGAUUAUUGGCCUGAAGGCACAGCUAGUCGAGUUAGGGCUGCCAGGGCUCCUGAGCCGACUGGUAAGUCAGUUGGGUCACCGUCUUAUGGUAAAGAUCCUGGAAGUAGGAGGAGGAAGAAUAAAACAUCAGUUGCUGCCGGUGAAUCUACUGAACAAAGUGUAGAGUCAAGUGAUACAGUGGCAGUGGAACUGCUGGAACCAGAAACUUCAGAGGACGCACUAGAGGAUCCUAAAGAUACCCCAUCUGAAUAUGUUGUCUAUCAGACAGAACCUGAAAAAGAAGAAGAAACAGGAUUUGACCUGGACAAGAAACUCGGACGUCCUCAUCCCUUUAUUGACCCAGAAACAAAGAAGCCAUUAGGUGAGCCACUCACAAGUGAUGAACUAUGGUGGAACUGGAGAAAACCAGAGAAAGAAAAUUGGUCCAGAUGGCAAAGGAGACGGCCCGAUUCUGAAACGGUUUUCCUCAAAGCAAUGGCAGAGACUGGGCAGGUAAAGCUUUAUGGUGAAAAUCCAACAUUGACUGAAACUUCACUUUACAGAGCAAGACGACAUCUUUUCAAGGAAGAAAGGCUUCAAGCGGAACAAGAGAGACUGGAUAGAACAGGUCCACUUGCAUACUAUUCGGAAUGGGUAAAAGCGUGGAAAAGGGACACUUCUCGAGAAGCUGUUCAGAAACAUUAUGAAGAGACUGGUGAAAAUGAAACAACCCAACUAAUUGAAAUGUUUUCUCAUCAAACAGAUCGAGAGUAUCGCAUAAUGAUGGGGACAGAUACCCGUAUACGUAGGGACCCCUUAGCAAUGCGUAUGCGAGAGGAUCAAAUAAAGCAAAUAUGGGGCGGAGAUCCUGUUUACCCAACUGUGAACUAUAUUCAAGAUCCAGAUGAAGUGAUUGAUUACAGAGGCGCGGAUUUUCAUGAACCGACACCAGAUAUGCUGUCUUUUCUGAAGGAGCACAAAAAAAUCAUAUCAAGGGAGGAGCUUGAGAAAAUUCUGUCAAAAGAGAAGACUCAAGAGCUUGAGGCGCCUGAUAUAGAAGAAGCAAUGGCACAAGCAGUUGACAUCGGUGAAGAUGAUGAAGGAGAAGAUAGUGAAACCGAGGUUGAUGAACAAGGAGAGAAAAUCACACGCAACUGGAGUGUUUUGAAAACUACUCCUGAGCUUACCAAGUCAAAGGAUAAACCGAAAAAGAACGACGGCAUGUCUUUGGAAGAAGCUGUAGACGAUUCAGAGAACUUAACUGAUUUUCUGAUGGACUUUGAGGAAGACGUGUAAAAUUACGUUCUUUGGAAGAUUUUGGCUUUUUGAGAUUCACAGAGAAGUAGGCGAUGAAGAUGUAGGUGCGUGCAAUAUGUAGUCCAGCAGUAAAACUAAGUUAAAUAUAAAUUAGACAAAAGUUACACAAUUUUCUAUAUGAAUGAAAGUUACUGAUGAUCAAAGGGAAUUGUGAUUGGAACUCUAAGAAACUCCUCGUGCAUUUCUUGUAGGGAAACUUCUCUCACACAAUUUUAUAA